GUAAAGGGCAAAAUAGUAAAUAUUUUAGAUGUUGCAGGUCACACAGUCUCUGUCACACUUACUCAGCUCUGGCCUUGUCAUGGGAGAGCAGUGUUAGACAGUAGGCAAACAACUGAACACAGCUGUGUCUUGAUGAAACUUUAUUUACAAAAAGGGGUGGUGGGACGGAUUUCGCCUGUGGGCUUUAGUUGCUGACUCCUGCUUCAAAUUAAGCUGUUAACAUGUUUUUCCCCUCUUGGAAGUGGUAUUGCCAGUUCUGGCGGUCUUUGCCGUAUGUACGUAGCAGUGAUGUGACUGUGGCUUCUCUGCAGCGGACGCCUGUGGUCUACUGUGUGAAGUUGGCCAGGGCCCUCGUGGAUGACUACUGCUGUCUGGUGCCCGGAUCCGUUCAGACGCUGAAGCAGAUAUUCAACGCCAGCCCUCGAUUCUGCUGCCAGUUCAUAACUUCCGUCACUGCGCUCUAUGACCUGUCAUCAGAUGAUCUCAUUCCACCUUUGGACUUGCUUGAAAUGAUUGUCAACUGGAUUUUUGAGGACCCAAGAUUGAUUCUCAUCACUUUUUUAAAUACUCCGAUUGCAGCCAAUCUACCAAUAGGAUUUUUAGAGCUCACCCCGCUCAUUGGAUUGAUCCGCUGGUGCGUGAAGGCCCCUCUGGCUUAUAAAAGGAAAAAGAAACCCUCUUUAUCCAAUGGCCACAUCAACAACAAGGUUGCACAGGACUCGGGUGAGGUGAUGGACAGAGACUCCCACCUCUUGUACUCAAAACUCCACCUCAGUGUCCUUCAGGUUCUCAUGACGCUCCAGUUGCACUUAACUGAGAAGAAUCUUUAUGGGCGCCUGGGGCUGAUCCUGUUUGACCACAUGGUCCCGCUGGUAGAGGAGAUCAACCGGUUGGCAGAUGAACUGAACCCUCUGAACGCUUCCCAAGAGAUCGAGCUCUCGCUGGACCGGCUGGCACAGGCUUUGCAGGUGGCCAUGGCCUCGGGAGCCCUGCUGUGCACAAGAGAUGACCUCAGAACCUUGUGCUCCAGGCUGCCCCAUAAUAA